CGAUAUUUCAUCAUCAAUACACGUACAUAUAUACUUAUUUCCGUUUCUUCUCCCCAAACUGUUUCCCUCCUCUCUCCCGGCUCACCUUCCAGAUCACACCAGGAGGGAAUUUCAGAGGUAGAUCUGAUGUACUUGGUGGUCGAUCUCAAUUACUCUGAAGAUCAUGAUGGCCCUUGAACGCAAAGAAAGUAUGCAGAGGAACUGUGAGGCCUCUAUAAAAUGUCUCCAGAAUAAUGGAAUGCCAUUUAAUCUGCAACACAGUGGAAACUCUAUUGAUGGUUACCAAGAACUUACAGAUGAAAUCAGUAGUCAUGGCAGCAAUGAUGUUCCUGAAACAAACCACCCAUUAGUUAACAAUUUCAUUGAACGUCCAAAUGAAUUUCACCACAAACCUGCUUAUCAGCAUAAUUCUGGAUCAUGGCCAGCAUUCCAUUUUGACUCUCAAAAGGUGCAGCAGUGCCAGAUGAAUGCUUCUGAAUGCCAGUUCUACUCUUUGCCAGUGGAGAAUCGCAUCCAAUAUGUUCCUUUCAAAAUAUUUGAACAGAAUUACCCUUGUGAAUUUCGGUUGCAAGAGUUCCAAUAUUUUGUGGUUAUAGACUUUGAAGCAACCUGUGAUAAGGAAAGAAAUCCCCAUCCACAGGAGAUAAUUGAAUUCCCAUCUGUCAUUGUAAGUAGUUUGACUGGCCAACUGGAAGCUUGCUUUCAGACAUAUGUGCGCCCAACUUGCAAUCAGCUUUUGAGUGAUUUCUGCAGGGAUCUAACUGGCAUUCAGCAAAUUCAGGUGGACAGAGGUGUUACUCUCAAUGAAGCUCUCCUCAGGCAUGAUAAAUGGCUUGAAAAUAAAGGGAUAAAGAAUACUCAUUUUGCGGUGGUAACUUGGUCAAACUGGGAUUGCCGUGUCAUGUUAGAGUCAGAAUGCCGAUUCAAGAAGAUUCGAAAGCCUCCAUAUUUUAACCGAUGGAUCAACUUAAAAAUUCCAUUUCGUGAGGUUUUUGGUGGAGCGCGAUGCAAUCUGAGGGAAGCUGUUGAGAUGGCAGGCUUGGCAUGGCAAGGUCGUCCUCACUGUGGUCUUGAUGAUGCCAAGAACACUGCUCGUUUACUCUCCGUUCUUAUGCACAGAGGCUUCAGAUUUUCCAUCACCAAUUCAUUGAUGUGGCAGACUUAUGACUGCCCAUUGCCAUGGAAACAAUCCCCAGACGCACUGACCCUCCCUCCGCAUCCGCCAAUAAAACCGAAGCCCGUGCAAGUUCCCAUUGUCCAGUACUACCCGUACUGUUUCUGUGGGGUUAGGAGCAGCAGAGGUAUGGUUCGCAAGCCAGGACCAAAGCAAGGGAGUUUUUUCUUUGGCUGUGGUAACUGGACUGCAACUAAGGGGGCACGUUGCCAUUACUUUGAAUGGGCCUCUCCCUGAUGCAUGGAAAGAUUUAUGAAUCUUCCUAUUUGAAGCGUUCAUUAAAUGAACUUAUGUAAAGAAGAUAAAAAAAUAAACAAAAAAGAAGCUAAAAAUGAAAAAGAAAGGUAUUGGAAGAUAUGAAGUUUGAUUUCUGUCCCCUGUUAGAAGUUGCUUGGCUGCUUGGUGAGUGAGGUUUCUGAGUCAUACAGAAUAGAAUGAGCUGGUAGUUUGAAUUGUGAAAUUCAUGCUUCCUUAAAAAGUGCUUUUGGGGAGCUUCCAACAUUUGUAAAGCUGACUUAUUGACUGGAGAAGCUAUUGGGGUGUGAGUUGAAAGAGAUGAUGGGUAGUUAGGAUGGUGUUUCUAUAAUGAUCGAUCAGGCAUGCUAAAUUAUCUGAAUAAUCUUUUGGAUAGGUAUGCUUUGUUUUUACUUUUUAAUUUUUACUCGUAAUCUAAUGGCAAUCUGUAGAAUUGCUAAUAUCAUUCCCCCCCACUGUUUUUAAUUGGUUCUAUUGUUAGUCUGCCUUUUAGUUCUUGCUUUGUUAUGUUACAAAUUACAAGACAUAUGGUAGAUUUUCAUGUGUUUUAGUUUUAGAAUGGGCUAUGAGAGGGGAAGAAAUAUCUUAGUAUUACAGUGGAACAUAUUCUUUUCAUUAGUAUUCAGCCCCAUAAUUAGCAGCUGUGUAAUUUUGUUCUAUGGAUUUAGUCUUAUUUCA